UCACUCUGCUCUCUGUCGCCUUCAGCUACAGCAGGAACGCAGCAUCGACCAUGGCCUCCUUCACCCGCUCAUACUCCCGCUCCGUCAGGUCCUCCGUGGGCAGCAGCGGCUCCAUGAGGACCAGCAGUGUGUACGGUGGAGCUGGAGGCUCCGAAGUCCGCAUCUCCUCCUCCUCUGUGGGUGGAGGGCUCAAUAGCAGCCUCGGUGGAGGCCUCGGCGGAGGCUACUCAUCCACCAUCAGCUACAAAGUUUCUGGCAUGGACGACAGCCUGAUCGGCAACGAGAAGUUCACCAUGCAGAACCUGAACGACCGCCUGGCCUCCUACCUGGAGAAGGUGCGCAAGCUGGAGAAGGCCAACGCCGAGCUGGAGCUGAAGAUCAGGCAGUUCGUGGAGAACAAGGUCGGCCCCUCCACCCGGGACUACACCGCCUUCUUCGUCACCAUCAGCGACAUCACUGCAAAGAUUCAGGAAGCCACCAAGAAAAACGGAGCCAUUCACCUGAGCAUCGACAACGCCCGGCUGGCUGCUGACGACUUCAGGACAAAGUAUGAGAACGAGCUGGCCAUGCGUCAGUCGGUGGAGGCUGACAUCAGCGGGCUCAAGAAAGUCCUGGAUGACCUGACGCUGGCUAAAAGCGACCUGGAGAUGCAGAUCGAGGGCCUGAAGGAGGAGCUGAUCUUCCUGAAGAAGAACCACGAGGAGGAGCUGCUCGCCAUGCGGAAUCAGAUGAGUGGUCAGGUGCACGUGGAGGUGGAUGCCGGUCCACAGCAGGACCUCACAAAGGUCAUGGCUGAGAUCAGAGAGCACUACGAGGCCGUCACCGCCAAAAACCAGAGAGAGCUCGAGUCCUGGUUCCAGACCAAGACUGAGACUCUGAACAAAGAGGUCAUCACUCAAACCACCUCGCUGCAGACGUCCAGGUCAGAGGUCACAGAGGUGAAGCGCACGCUGCAGUCUCUGGAGAUCGAGCUGCAGUCCAUGUUGGGAAUGAAAGCGUCACUGGAGGCCUCUCUGGCUGAGACGCAGAACCGCUACUCCAUGCAGCUCUCCGGGUACCAGAUGCAGGUGACGUCACUGGAAGAGCAGCUGUCGCAGCUGAGGGCAGACCUGGAGCGGCAGUCCCAGGAGUACCAGAUGCUGCUGGACAUCAAGACUCGGCUGGAGAUGGAGAUCGCCGAGUACAGGAGGCUGCUGGACGGAGAAGCCACCAGCAGUGUCACCACCAAGUCCUCCUCAAGCACCACGACCAAGCGGGUGGUGACGGUGGUCCAGGAGGUGGUUGACGGGAAGGUGGUGUCCUCCUCUUCCUCCACGACCUCCUCUGUCCUGACCAGCUGAGCCGCUGCAGAUCAGCAUCAGCGUCUCUUCUCAGAGUGCUGACAAUAAACCGAGAGUCCACAUAAAAA